GCUUGCUUGCUUCCUCAAUGAGAAAGUUUACUUGGGAGAUACGGCAUAGUAAAACGCAAAGAUUUUAGAAGCAAAUGCCCAACUAUCCUAGGUGAUUUGAAUAGAAACAUAAAUAAGAUAGUCUUGUCCCAAUCUUGUGUCCAAUCAGCAGGCAAACAGGUAGGUCUUUACAUGAAUGGUCUAAUGUGUGACCCAUGAUACAAAUUAUGGAGAGAAACCAAUACAGCCUAAGAACAGAACGCAUUCAUGCAGAUCUGAUGCCUCGCGCUAUGUGACUCCAGUGGUUAAUGGAUGUAUUUCCAGCUAUUUUUGCAAGCCAAAUAGCAAAACACGGGAUUAAUCUCUAAUUGGAACGUCAUGAGGACCGUGAGUUAUGCUUUUGGUGUUUUGGUCGGUUUGAUUCUCCAACUGGCUGUUACGCACCAGAGGACGAAUGGUGAAUAUUGCCAUGGUUGGAAGAACGCGCAAUCUACAUUGCGAGAGGGUUUUCACUGUCCCGAUCUUCACGAUCAAAGAGAAGCGGUGAUCUGCUGCGGAACUUGUGAGCUGCGCUACUGUUGUCCAUUAACCAAAGCAAGAUUGGAUCAGGGAAACUGUUAUAACCACGAGCAUGUUCUGCAUCCAGGCACUUCUAAUGAUGAGAAGUAUACAACAACCACUGGGCCUGUUCAUGUUCCCUUUGUGAUUGUGGGUUCUGUGUUUCUGGCCUUCAUCUUUCUGGGCUCCAUGGUGGCAAUGGGCGUCUUUCUGAGUCCCAAACAGAGGACCUGCCGAAGACCCGACGGCGCUGCUGGGCUCCAGGACGGGGGUGCAGAUCAGCGACCGGAGGCUGUACCGGUGACAGGGAGUGCAGCCACGUCCUGCGGCUCCACCUCUUCCCUCUACCCCCCCAAUGCCCCCCAGGGCUGUCCGACCGGACCCACACGUUUGCAUCAAACCUUGAAGAGGCAGGAAACCCCCACCAGUGCCCCACCCUUGAUGGCCACACCUACCAUGCACUCCCCCGUGAUGUAUUCCACCCUGGUUCACCCCUCCAUGUGUCACUAUUCCGUAAUGCAUCCUUAUUUGGCUGAAAUGCCUCGUCUGUACAUGUCACAAGGGGAAAAUCGUCUUCUCCCAUCGCCUUGUCCCUCAUCCAGCCAUACCAGUACUCAAGCCAUGUAAGACAUAAACCCUCAUGAGGUGAUGUAAGUUACAGUGGGGAGAACAAGUAUUUGAUA